CAUUGAACACCCCCAUCAUCUCUGUCUGUCCUCUGUUUUCUACUAUUUCUAACCAACUUUACAUUCCAAAGUUAGCAUUUUGAAUUCUUGAAAUCAUAAUUGAUUUGUACCAUUCAAUAAAAGCACAAAUUUUGCCACCAAUCAACACUCAAAAACCCCACACAAAAGAUAUUUUGGAUAAAUGGAAUCUGAAAAUGGGGUUCCGGUUGAAGAGGAAAAACUUCUUGUGCCUGAAAAGAAUGUGGAUGUGAAGGAGGAGGAGAAUGUUAGUGAAAAAACCAAUAAUGCAAAUGAAGAAAAGGCUGAUGAAGCACCUAAUGUAUCUGUAGUGAAAACUGAACUGUCUCGAAAUGUUCCGAAGAGCAAAGUGUCAAGUCAAAAAAAGCUUGCUACUGGUGCUACAAAGAACAAUAAGAUGGUGAAAGAUCAAGCUAGUUCAAGAGGCACAGCUGCAUUGACUCGUUCGAAAAAGGCGAGUAUUUCUCAAAGUCUGUCAUUCCCUGCACGAGGCGUUAGUUCCGAUGUAAUGAGGAAGAGCAUCGAUGUGUAUCCAAAGAUAUCAGAUGCCAAGGAAUUGAAAACAAAGGGGGUUAAAAAUGAGACAAAGGGAUCAUCGGCUUCUAGUUUGAAUCCGUCUAGCAAGGGCGUAUCUUCCAGAAUCUUGAAGAAUGCAAACGCAAACGGAGAUGUUGCAACUAGCAGAAGGACAACUAUUGCAGCCGUCCCCGGCCUCCGUCAGUCUAAGUCCGGGAAGUCUCUUUCGGCCAAUGGAAGUGCAAAGAAAGCUACAUCUGAAGUAUCAAAUGACGAAAACAAAAAACCUACUAAAGCUGCAUUGCCUCUCAAAGAGGAUGAAGAUGCUCGUUCUACUACUUCCUCGAGUACCACUCCUCGUGGGCAACGAAGGGCCAGUAUCGCUGGAUUUUCCUUCAGGUUGGAAGAACGUGCCGAGAAGCGGAAGGAGUUCUUGGCGAAGAUAGAAGAGAAGAUACAGGCAAAGGAAGAGGAAAAGAAUAACCUGCAAGCAAAAUCCAAGGAAAACCAAGAGGCGGAGAUAAAGCAAUUGAGGAAGAGCUUGAAAUUUAAAGCUACACCAAUGCCAAACUUUUACAAAGAACCCCCUCCAAAAGUUGAACUCCGAAAGAUACCGACAACACGUGCUGUAUCUCCUAAGCUUGGAAGAAACAAAAACUCCCAAUCAACAACAAACAACAGCUCUGAAAGUGGAGGAUCGUGUUUCAGUCCAAGACUCGUCAAAGAACAGGUAAAGUCACCCGGGGCUUUGCUGUCAACUAGCGAUAAAGUUACCGGUGUUUCAAAAGGGGGGAAGCCUAUUGAAACCAAGAAGCCAAUGAAAAAUUCCUCAACUAGUAAAACUAAAGGGAAAACUGUUGUAACAAAAUCAAAACCCGCUGAAGCAAAGGCGUUGAAUGAGAAUAUUUGUCAAGAGAAAUCACAAGAAAUGCUCGAACAACCUGAUGAAAAGUCCGAGGUGCAUCCAAUAGAUGACAAUGCACAGCAACGGUCAAAUGUUGUUGUUAUGCCAAUAGCUCAAGUCACUGUUGAAGGUUGAACUUAAAGGAAGUUCUAACACGCUGUAUUCAUAUAUAUAUAGGUUUCUUUUUUUGGGGUCUGGAAAUUUUAUGCUUCAUUAAGUUGUGAAUACUUUGUUGUAUGUUGUGUUUAUAAGUUGUACAUGUUGGUUCAAAAUUGUUUGAUAUGUGUUCUUUCUAUCUUGUAAGUGUUUUUCAGUACAAGAUGUAUCAUUAUGUUCAA